AUGGAAAAAUAUCCAUUACUUGAAACGACACUGUUAUUUUAUCACAAUGGCAAUUGGAAAACGCCAAAAGAUCGGUUGAUCGUCUUUUUACAUUAUUUCAUGAUCAAUUAUGGGUUUCGAAUCUUCAUUGAUAAAACAACAACAGCUGAAACAUUAAAAUUAAAAUAUGAUGAUACUUUGCGUAUCGUUUAUACAAAAAGUCAGGAAGUUCUAUGUAUUACGCAUUAUAUUGUAGAUGGUUUUUAUAAGUUUGAUGUAAAAAUCAAUAAUAAACAAUAUAAUGCAUCAUUUGACUUGAGCAUGGAUUUAGGUCUUCAAAGUUCAAGCAAUUCUCCAAUUGAAAUCCAUAAUCUUGAUGAAUUUGUUAAAACAACGCUUAGAAUAAUCGACGAUCUCAAUAAAUAUCUUGAAGAGAAAAAAAACAUUUAA